AUGGAACUAAACAUGAUAGAUUAAACUAAUGAGAGUAUAGAAGUAGUGCAAAGUGAAAAUAAGGAAGAUUAAGUUAAUUUACAGAAUCAAGGGAGGGAAAAAAUGAGAAGGCAAUUGUUAGGGAACUCCAGAUGUGUUUCGGACUUUGAGAAAAUAUAGGAGAUUGGAGAAGGUACAUACGGAACUGUCUAUAAAGCUAGAGAUAAGACCACAGGCGAUAUAGUUGCACUUAAAAAGGUGCGUAUGCAUAAUGAGAAUGAUGGAUUUCCUAUCACAUCCCUAAGAGAAAUUAACAUACUAUCAAAUUUGAUGCACCCUAAUAUAGUCAAUUUAAAAGAGGUGGUAGUAGGGUAUAAAAAAGACAGCGUGUUCCUUGCAUUUGAGUAUUGUGAGUGUGAUAUUGCUAAUCUGGUUGAUUACAUAAUGAGGCGAAAGGAAUACUUAAAUUUGGCUGAGAUCAAAUGCCUCAUGAUUCAGCUGAUUAAAGCUGUACUUUAUCUUCAUGAGAAUGAUAUAAUUCACAGAGAUCUUAAGUUUUCAAAUCUAUUGAUAAACUAAAAAGGGCAGGUGAAACUAGCAGAUUUUGGUCUAGCAAGGAAAAUUGGAUAUCCACUUUAACCAUAUACUGCAAAGGUUGUGACAUUAUGGUAUAGAGCUCCAGAAAUUUUACUUAAAGCUCCUCAAUAUUCUAAACCUAUUGAUACAUGGGCUAUUGGAUGCAUUCUAGCAGAAUUUUUAAACUAUGGUUAUCCUAUUUUAGCUGUAAGCAUUAUUUAUAAAUUCAUUCAUUAUAAGGGAAAUAAUGAGAUAGACUAGUUUAAGAAAAUAUGUGAUUUAAUUGGAAAACCAAGCAAAAGAGUGUGGCCUGAUUUCUUUGAUUUGCCGAAUAGCAAGCAUCUGCUAUCACUUGUGGAUAAUACAUACAACAACAUUGAAUAGAAAUUUACUAAAAUGAGCAUCAAUUGUAUUGAUUUACUCAAUAAAUUACUAGCCUGGGAUCCGUCUCAAAGAUUAACAGUAAGAUAUAUCAACCUAAUCUCUUAUUUAAGCUGA